AUGGCCGCUGCCGCACCCGCCGAUAUCCCCGUGAGGGGUGGUCCCCCAGCACAGUCUGACGGCGAUCGACUACCUAGCUUCGUUACCGAGCGAAACGCGCUCUUCGAGGAGCUCAAGAAGAAACACGACGACGCCGUAGCUGCGAAACCCCGAAACCCCAUCACUGUGUCGCUCACAGUCGGACCGGAUAGUGUGACUGAGGUCUCUGCUACUGCCUGGGAGACCACUCCGGGUCAAUUGUUGAAACAUGCCCCCAAGACCAUCGCAUCGGAGGCUAUCGUUGCCAAGGUCAAUGGCGAGGUGUGGGACCUUACCAGGCCUUUGGAAGCGGACAGCAGUGUCUCCUACCUGUCCUCGGCUGAUCCCGAGGGUCGUGCUGUCUUUUGGCACUCAGCCGCUCACGUACUCGGAGAGGCUUGCGAGCACCAUUAUGGCUGUAGGCUGUCCCAUGGCCCUCCAACCAACAUGGGGUUCUUCUAUGACAUGGCUAUGCAAGAAGGAGACGCCGUCAAGGAGACAGAUCGCCCAGUCCUCGAGUCGUUGGCAAAGAAGUUCUUCAAAGCGAAGCAGCCCUUCGAGCGAGUCGAGAUUGGCAAAGAGGAUCUGCGAAAGCUAUUUGGAUACUCCAAGUACAAAAUGCACUACAUCGAGAAAUUCGUCCCCGAUGGCGGUUCCACCACCGUGUACCGCAACGGCUCGCUCGUCGAUCUCUGCACCGGCCCGCACAUUCAAAACACCAAACAGAUCUCUGCUUUCAAAAUCAUGGGUAACAGCUCAGCUUAUUUCUUGGGUGACCAAGCCAAUGACUCACUUCAGCGUAUCUCUGGCGUUGCCUUCGCCAAGAAUGACCAAAUGAAGGCCUGGCUUACCUAUCUGGAAGAGGCCAAGAAGCGCGACCAUCAGCUUAUUGGCAAAAACCAGAAGCUAUUCUGGUUCAGUCCGCUCUCUCCAGGCUCUCCAUUCUUUCUCCCCCACGGUACUCGUAUCUUUAACGCCAUUCAGUCCAUGCUCCGCGAACAAUACUGGAUGCGUGGCUACGACGAGGUGCAAUCGCCUCUCAUGUACGAUGUCCAGCUCUGGAAAACUUCGGGCCACUGGCAACAUUAUCAGGAGGAUAUGUUCAGCGUACCGUUGAAGCACACUACAGCACCUGAUACCGCGCCCGCCUCUAGCCCAGAUGCGAGCAAAGACACAGACAAACCAACGGACAAGAAGGCUGACGAGACUGCAAAAUUGGAACAGGAGAGGCUGUUUGCUCUGAAGCCAAUGAACUGCCCUGGCCACGCUCUCAUGUUUGCCAGCGAAGAGCGGUCCUAUCGGUCUCUCCCCUGGCGAGUCGCUGAUUUCAGCGCUCUUCAUCGCAAUGAAGCUUCUGGUGCGCUGAGUGGUCUCACCAGAGUCCGCAAGUUCCAGCAAGAUGACGCGCACAUUUUCUGCACCAUCGACCAAGUCACCGACGAGCUUCGAGGCAUGUUCAAAUUCAUGACUCACGUGUACACCCUGUUCGGAUUCUCUUUCAAGCUCAAGCUCUCCACUCGUCCAGACUCUUACAUGGGCAAAUUGUCCGACUGGGAUGCUGCUGAGGAGAGACUCAAGAACGCACUCAAAGAAUUCAGGGGCGAUGACUGGGUUCUUAAUCCCGGAGAUGGUGCUUUCUACGGACCUAAGAUCGAUGUCACAGUCAACGAUGCCUUGGGUAGAGAAUUCCAAUGCGCCACAAUCCAGCUCGACUUCCAACUUCCCCAGAACUUCAACCUCCUUUACCGUACCAGCGAAUCUGUGGCCGAUCAGGCCAAAACCGAGGGGGCAGAAGAGGGCAGCAUUCCGUCUGGCAUGGCAAGACCCGUCAUGAUUCACCGUGCCGUCGUGGGCUCUUUCGAGCGCUUCCUGGGCAUCAUCAUUGAACACUUUGCCGGCAAGUGGCCCUUCUGGCUCUCACCACGUCAAGUCAUGGUCAUACCCAUUAUGAAAGAAGCGGAAGACUAUGCCAGGGAGGUGCGAGAUAUCUUGCACGAUGCGAAGCUAUAUGCUGAUGUCGAUGUGUCGGGUAACACAUUGCAAAAGAAGAUUCGGGCGGCGCAGUUGGCCCAGUACAACUUUGUCAUGGUUGUGGGUGCUGAGGAAAUUGCGCAGCGUGCGGUCAAUAUUAGAAAUCGGGAUGAUACUUCCAGUCAGCAAAAGGGGGCCAUGAUUGAUCUAGAUGACGUCGUCAAGCGCCUUGUGCUGUUGAAGGAGGAGCGGAGAUUGGUCAACUCCAUCUGA